CUGCAUCGUCUGCUUAUUGCGAAGACCCCAUCACUAUAUAAGCGCCCAUUGGCUGCUGGCAGCUGUCUGUCAGCCAGAGGCGGAGCCCUAUGCCCGAGUCUCCUCUGUUGCUGCUGCUGCCUUGCUGAUCCUCUCAUCAUUACAUACAUAGUGCUGCUGCUGCUGCAGAGACUGUCACUGGGCAACUCUAUAUAACAUUUUCUGUUUUGGAAAGUGCACAGGGGGAGAACACUGACACAAUGUAUGGAUUUGUCAACCAUGCUUUGGAGCUGCUGGUUAUAAGAAACUAUGGGCUAGAAGUAUGGGAAGACAUCAAAAAAGAGGCACAGCUUGAUGAAGAGGGACAGUUCCUGGUGAGAAUAAUCUACGAUGACUCCAAAACCUACGACCUGGUAUCAGCAGCAAGCAAAGUGCUCAAUCUCAAUGCUGGGGAUAUUCUCCAAAUGUUUGGAAAUAUGUUUUUUGUUUUUUGCCAAGAAUCCGGUUAUGACACAAUCCUUCGUGUACUUGGAUCUAAUGUCAGAGAAUUUUUGCAGAACCUGGAUGCCCUGCAUGACCACCUGGGUACUAUAUAUCCCGGUAUGCGUGCUCCGUCAUUUAGGUGCACUGAUGCCGAGAAGGGGAAAGGCCUUAUCUUACACUACUACUCAGAGAGAGAAGGACUGCAAGAUAUUGUUAUUGGAAUUAUUAAAACCGUGGCACAGCAGAUUCAUGGAACAGAAAUAGAUAUGAAGGUCAUUCAACAAAGAAACGAGGAAUGUGACCAUACACAGUUCUUGAUAGAAGAAAAGGACUCCAAGGAGGAAGAUUUCUAUGAGGAUCUGGACAGAUUUGAGGAAAAUGGGACACAAGAGUCCCGCAUAAGUCCCUAUACUUUCUGCAAAGCCUUCCCUUUCCAUAUAAUGUUUGAUAGAGACCUUGUUGUUACACAGUGUGGAAAUGCUAUCUACAGGGUCCUGCCACAGCUCCAGCCUGGAAAUUGUAACCUGCUGUCAGUGUUCUCUUUGGUACGACCACAUAUUGACAUUAGCUUCCAUGGGAUCCUGUCUCAUAUCAACACAGUAUUUGUCCUAAGGAGCAAGGAAGGAUUGCUUGAUGUGGAAAAGUCAGAGAAUGAAGAUGAACUGACUGUCACUGAACUCAGUUGUAUUCGCCUGAAGGGACAAAUGAUCUACUUGCCAGAAGCUGACAACAUUCUUUUCCUCUGCUCACCAAGUGUUAUGAACCUGGAUGAUCUGACAAGAAGAGGAUUGUAUCUCAGUGACAUCCCCCUCCAUGAUGCUACCCGUGACCUGGUACUUCUGGGAGAACAGUUUAGAGAAGAAUAUAAAUUGACCCAAGAACUGGAAAUCCUGACUGACCGGCUGCAGCACACCCUAAGAGCCCUGGAAGAUGAGAAGAAAAAGACCGAUACCCUGCUGUACUCCGUUCUCCCUCCAACUGUUGCUAAUGAACUGAGACAUAAGCGUCCCGUUGCGGCCAAAAGAUACGACAAUGUCACCAUUCUGUUUAGUGGCAUUGUGGGAUUUAAUGCUUUUUGCAGCAAGCAUGCAUCUGGGGAAGGAGCCAUGAAGAUUGUAAACCUUCUAAAUGAUGUAUAUACAAGAUUUGAUAUUUUGACUGACUCCAGGAAGAAUCCUUUUGUCUAUAAGGUUGAAACAGUUGGAGACAAAUACAUGACGGUGAGCGGUCUUCCAGAGCCAUGUGUGCACCACGCUCACUCCAUUUGUCACCUGGCCUUAGACAUGAUGGAAAUUGCUGGACAGGUUCAAGUCGAUGGGGAAUCUGUGCAGAUCACAAUUGGUAUACAUACAGGAGAGGUGGUGACAGGGGUUAUUGGCCAGAGAAUGCCACGUUACUGCCUAUUUGGAAAUACUGUCAAUCUAACCAGCAGAACAGAGACGACUGGUGAGAAGGGAAAGAUCAAUGUAUCUGAAUAUACAUACAGAUGUCUUAUGAGUCCAGAAAAUGCUGACCCUCAAUUCCACUUACAGUACAGGGGACCUAUUAGCAUGAAGGGGAAAACAGACCCAAUGCAAGUGUGGUUUUUGUCCAGAAAGAACACAGAACCAGAGGAGUAAGUGCAAUGUAAAAGAAUUGAAGAGACAAGAAUCCAGGGAAAAUCACCAACUUAGAACUUUUCUGGCUGACCUUGUGGGGUUUUUCUGCUAUAACCUCCUCUGAGAAAUAACAUUUAUUUGUUUUCUUCCUUCCCAUGUUAUAUUUAAAUCUGUAAAAUGUAGUUGUGUUGUUUACUGUGAAUAUUCCAGUGAUAUAUUAUUAUUAUUAUUAUUAUUAUUAUUAUUAAUAAUAUGAUUAUUGUUGUGGUUUGGUAAGGCACCACACUGUCCCACAGCACCAGACAGUGGGGAAAACAGCAACAUACAUGGUAGUGACAAUAUAUGCAGACAAAUAGUAGUAAGGGUCCUGCUCACUGUAAUAUAUUCAGAUGUUGCCCUGGUGGCAAUUUGUAAUCUGUCUGCCAAAUAAUUAUAAAGUCUAUAUAAAUGUGCAUUCAGUAUGUGUUAUACUACAAGGUAGAGUUCUAUAACUGAUGUUUAGCAUUGUUCUUGUCAAUGAAUGACUACACUUUAUAGGCAUAUUUGAUAUCAGGUCUUGACUGGCAAUCUUGCCAGAUGAGUGUAUUAGUGGGCUGCUCUGGGCUUCCAAAGUUGUCUUUAAAUGAGUUUAGUAGUGUCUGUCAGCCUCCCAGUCCACUCUUUAAUACUAUAGUCUUGAGUUUUAGGGGCCUCUUAUCAAUUAAUAUUGCUUGGCCCCGGUAGCUAACACCAUCUUUAGAUGGCAUUAGUCAUUGUAGCCACUGGGCUACUUUCCACACCAUUUGCUAGUAGAGCGAUCCAUAGGAUCUCUCCUCAGCAAUAGGCUCAUGCGUGUCAUCAUUCUGCACAUGCACAGUAGUACACCAGGGUCCCGAAUAAGAAGUGAAGUGAUCACAUUAGGGAUCACUUCACUUCUAAUACAUCACAGAAACGGGAUCCGUUCAGAGCCCAUGUCCCUGCAUUUGUGUUUUUUAAAGUAUUCAGGCAAACCCUAAUUUCUUAUAUCUAAUGACGAUAAGAAAUUAUAAUUACCAGUCACUCCACACUAGGGAAGCCAAUCCCGGGCCAUUUUUUUCAAUCCCGGGUAUCCCUCGCCCCACCCCGCCCCGCCCCGCCUCGCACAUAUAACUCACCAUAUACCGGGGUCGGGCGGGCGGGAAACACUGUGUGAACGCUGCUGGCGUCUGCCAGCAGCAGCUAACAGCGCAGCAUGACCUCUCACGCUGCGCUGGGGACCCGGAAGCAGGAAGCUGGGCAGCGUUUGAGCGUCCUGUGGACGCUCAACGCUGAUCCCUCAAUCCCCGGGAUUGGAGCUUCCAAUCCCGGGAUUGAAUCCCGGCCAUUUUUGGGCCUAAAUCCCGGGAUCCCGCCGAUCCCGGGAUUGGCCACCAUACUCCACACUCUGGUCUCCUGCACUUGGCCAGCACUGGUGAAUAGACACAAUUGCAUACCGAUCAGUGAAAAGUGGUAUAAAGGCUGUACACAUUACACUAGGGGCUAUAUGUACGUUGGGACAGGCUUUACGAUGAUUGUAAUGCAGAUUUACAUUUCAGCUUGCAAAAGCCGCUGCUUCACAUAUAUUGGGGGUAAUUCAGAUCUGAUCGCAGCAGCAAAUUUGUUAGCAGCUGGGCAAAACCAUGUGCACUACAGGUGGGGCAGAUAUAACAUGUGCAGAGAAAGUUAGAUUUGGGUUGGUUAUUUUGUUUCUGUGCAGGGUAAAUACUGGCUGCUUUAUUUUUACACUGCAAUUUAGAUUUCAGUUUGAACACACCCCACCCAAAUCUAACUCUCUCUGCACAUGUUAUAUCUGCCCCCUUCCUGCAGUGCACAUGGGGGGUCAUUCUGACCUGAUCGCAUGCUGCAGUUCGCAGCGCAGCGAUCGGGUCGGUACUGCGCAUGCCAGAUGGCCGAAGGCUCAUUACCUAGCAAUCGUCUCUGCAUGAUUGACAGGCAGAGGCGGUCGCUGGGCUGGAGGGGGCGGCGCGGCCGUUUUCGGGGCGUAGUCCGGCCAACGCAGGCGUGGCCGGACCAUGGGGGGGCGGGUCGCAGCAGCUGCGUGACGUCACACGCAGCCGCUGCGACCCGGGGCAGCGACGAGUAACUCCCAGCCAGCCGAAGGAGCUGCGUUGGCUGGGAGUUACUCUUCAAGUACAAUAGCAUCACCGCUGUGCGAUGCUUUCGUACCUGUGCAGGGGGGGGUCGGACUGACAUGCUGGGCGGACUAGCCCUGUGCUGGGCGUCCCCCCGCAUGUCUGGGAAGAUGAUCGUCGCUGUGCUAAAUUUAGCACAGCUACGAUCAACUCAGAAUGACCCCCAUGGUUUUGCCCAACUGCUAACAAAUUUGCUGCUGCGACCAACUCUGAAUUAGGUCCAUAGCCCCAUGGAUCAAGUCAGAAAUUUAUAUUGUUGACAUCAGUUACUGUAGACAUUCAUUUGCUAAUUAACUCCGGAUGACCUGACAUCCAGUAACAUUUUAUGUGUAUCUGCAUAGCCCUGUAUUCAUGCACAUACUGUAAGUGAUGUAGACAAAUUACAGCCAAGCGUGGCUCUUAUACUGUCUGUAACUUACAUAUUCACAAAACAUAUAAACCAGCUAUAUUACUUUUUUUUAAGUGUUUAAUAGUGUUUUGAAUCCUUUAUUCUGAGUGAUAGUCCUUGCUAUCAAUAAUGUAUAUACUAGAAAUAUAUAGUAUGUAUUUUAGUUAAUAGUGCUAAUUAACAGAGUAUCCUAGUGUAUUAUAGUGAGAUACAUACUCCUGACACAAUGAAUAAAUGCUUGUAAAUAUUUCUCAAUAUAAAAGUAUUAUAUUUUAAAUAUGUGCCAUAUUUUAGAGAAUUUCAGGAUAUCUAUAUAUCAAAUACAACCUUUAUAUUGGACACACAGUAUAUUCUGUAUUAGCUUGUUCCAUUAUAUAGUUAAUUUUGUUGUAGACUAUAAAGCAUUUCUUAAUGUUUAACUGUUUCUUUACAUUACCCGUAUGUAUAGUACAAAUGUCCAGUUGUAAAAACAUCCAAAAUAAAUUAUUUUUUUCAUCACA